AUGGCCCUGGCGGCCGCAGCAGUUCCGGCCCAGGCGGCCUUUGGCUACACGUCCACGGGUGGAAACUACGUGAUCGACGCCGGAUCGGCCGAGUCCCUCAAGAUCAGCGUCAGCCAGUCGAGCUGCGACAUCAACUCGAUCAUCUACCGCGGCACCGAGCUGCAGGACCCUUCCAAGGGUAGCCACCUGAUCUCGGGGCUGGGCAGUGCCACCGUCUCCAUCGACCAAGGAGAUGACUACAUCAAGGUGACGUGCGAGGCGGACCCGCUGAUUCACUACAUGGUUGUGCGGUCAGGCCAGAGCGCCGUAUACAUGGCGACGCACUCCACCGAGGAGCCUAGCAUCGGCGAGCUCCGGUUCAUCGCGAGGCUCAAGUCGUCGGUGCUCCCUUACGAGUCGCCCUUUGGCAACGUCUCGACGACGGCAAACUCCCAGAGCACCGUCGAGGGCUCCGACGUCUUCGUCGUCGACGGCGAGACGCGCUCCAAGUUCUACUCGUCGGAGCGCUACAUUGACAAGGGCACUCACUGCGUCUGGGGCGACUCGGUCGACGUGAUCCACGCCUGUAUGCUCGUCCCGCAGCAUGAGACCAGCUCCGGCGGCCCCUUCUUCCGCGACAUCGAGUCCAACAACGCCGGCGACGCCACUAACCUGUACAACUACAUGAACUCGGGCCACGUCCAGACAGAGGCCUUCCGCACUGGCCUCCACGGCCCCUACGUCCUUCAGUUUUCCCGCUCCGGCAUCCCGUCCCUCAAGACCACCGAUGUCUCGUGGAUGAGCUCCCUCGGCCUCAAGGACUACGUCGCGGCGGCCGACCGCGGCACCGUCUCCGGCACCGCCUCGGGCAUCGACGGCAGCCAGUUUCAGACCGUCGUCCACUGGUUCAACGACGAUGCCCAGUACUGGACCUACGCCACCUCCUCCGGCGCCUUUACCUCCCCCGCCAUGAAGCCCGGCACCUACACCAUGGUCCUCUACCAGACCGAGUACGAGGUUGCCCGCUCCACCGGCGUCACUGUCACCGCUGGCGAGACCACCUCCAAGGACAUUGCCUCCGGCCUCACUGCCCCGGACACUACAUACUUCCAGAUCGGUCAGUUCGAUGGCCAGCCCACCGGCUUCCGCAACGCCGACAAGUUCCAGCGCAUGCACCCUUCCGACGACCGCAUGGCCUCGUGGGCCUCCACCACCUUCACAGUCGGCUCUUCCUCCGAGUCUGACUUCCCCAUGGCCAUCUUCGCCGACGUCAACGCCCCUCAGAAGAUUGCCUUCAACCUCGACGCCGCCCCCGACGGCGAGACCACCCUCACCGUCGCCACCACCCUCAGCUUCGCCGGCGCCCGCCCCCAGGUCACCGUCAACGACUUUACCGGUGCUAUCCCCUCCAGCCCCACCAACCUCAACUCCCGCGGCGUCACCCGUGGUGCCUACCGUGGUCUUGGUGAGGUCUACACUGUCACCAUCCCAGCUGGCACCCUGACGGCCGGAUCCAACACCAUCUCCAUAAACCCCGUCUCUGGCAGCAGUGGCGAUGAAUUUCUCAGCCCCAACUUUAUUGUUGAUGCCAUUAGCUUGACGGCUUAA